UUCCACGCUUGCUCUGAUCGUCUGUCCUGCCUCCUUUCACGAACCUGAGCGCAUCUGAGCGCAUCUGAACGCACUUGAACGCAUCCGAAUAUAUCUGAACACACUUGAACGCACCUGCAUUCCCCUCGUCAGACAAGCCCUGUCAUCUGGGACACCACCAUGUCAUUCAUCAGCUCGAUAUUUGGAGGAUCCAAGACUUCCCUGCAAUCUCGGCCCGGCGAGCCAGACGAAGGCGAGGAGCGAUACUUUGGGCUGGAAAACUAUGGCAACACCUGUUACUGCAAUUCGGUGCUCCAGGCCCUGUACUUUUGCAAGCCCUUCCGAGACUGUCUCCAGCACUACAGUUACCCACGGUCGGCCGCCUUCCUCGCUGCCACAUACGAGGGCAUUCCUCUGAAAGCCCAGGGCUCCACCCCCACGGCCGGUAUCUCGCCGCUGCCACCAGCGUCAUCGACAUCGCCAUCUGGAACGGCAUUACCAGCGGCACCGUCGGGCCCAAAGCCCAACAGUACCGGAAAUGUCAUCCAGACCAUUCUCAAGCCCAGCAGCGGCGGCGCUAAGUUGAUCAAGGCCAAGUCCAAGUCUGCGAAAUCGCUAUGGGGCAACAAGACGGACGUCGAAAUUGAAGCGGCUCCGUCUCAAUCCUCCCAGGCGACACCCGAGCCGGAGCUGGAUCUCGAGCACGAGCCCCCGACAAUGCUGCCUGUGUCUCUCGAGAACAUCCUCGACACUCCGAUGGAGAAUCAAACAGCCUCGUUGAUGACGAGCCUGCAGGACAUGUUCCUCAAGAUCCGGUCACAGAAAAAACGCACGGGUGUCUUUGGGCCAAAGGAGUUUAUCCAGACGCUGAAGAGUGAGAACGAACUCUUUCGCGGUGCUCAGCAGCAAGACGCACAAGAGUUCCUGAACUACCUGUUGAACGCCAUUGCCGAGAUUUUGGUCAAGCAGCAGAAAGAGUAUAUUCGCAAGAUCCGAUCCGAGUACGAGAGAGUCAACCGAGAUAUGCAAUCGCGGCUGGCCACGACCGGAUCGGGAUCCGCAGAAGAUCAGCCAAAGGAUAAUGUCGAGCCGAACCAGCCUGCUAGCUGGGUCCACGCUAUCUUCGAGGGGGUCUUGACGAACGAAACCAAGUGUCUCACUUGCGAAACGGUCACCAACCGUGACGAGGCUUUCUUGGAUCUGUCCGUCGACAUUGAACAGCACUCCUCUGUCAGCAGCUGUUUGCGGAACUUUUCGUCGUCCGAAACUCUAUGUCACAAAAACAAAUUCUUUUGCGACACGUGCGGCAGUCUGCAAGAGGCCGAAAAGCGGAUGAAGAUCAAGCGUCCACCCAACGUCUUGGCCAUCCACCUCAAGCGAUUCAAGUAUCAAGAGCGAGUGCAGAGAUACGUCAAACUGUGCCAUCGUGUUUCAUUUCCACUGGAGCUGCGACUCUUCAACAUGGUCGACGAUGUCGACGAUGUGAGCCGACUCUAUAGUCUCAGCGCUGUCAUCGUUCACCUGGGCAGCGGCCCGUAUCACGGCCAUUACAUUGCACUCGUAAAGAGCAACUCGCGUUGGCUGUGUUUUGAUGAUGAGCAUGUGACGGUCGUCGAGCCGCACGAACUCAACAAAUACUUUGGUGAUCACACGAGUCAAGGGACAGGAUACAUAUUCUUUUACGAGUCAUUCUCCAGUACCGAUGCCAUGCAGCUCGUUCGAGCUAUGGGCACCAAGACCGAAGAAGCACCGGCGGCGAACGGCCUCCAACACAUUACUUCAGAGAGCGAGCCCAACUUGGCUGUGCAUGCCAACCACAACGACGCCGAGUCAAUCAGCAGUUCGAACACAGGCGGCACCAAGAACAACGACAGCACCUCCGUUACGGGCAGCAGCGGUCAUGGUCAGGGAGCGGCUGGGGCCGCGAACACCAAGGCAACACAGCUGGCUGAACAGGACAAAAAGAGACGCAACAGGAACAAACGGCCAUCACUCCCUCAGCUUUCGCCGAGCCAUGCUCCGCAGAGCUCAGUCCACAAUCCACCAGACGAGGACCCAUACCCGCUGCCAGCGUAUCGGUCCAACACGAUCCCUGCCUCUGCACCCGCUUCGGCACAUCCCAACAAGGACGAAGGCUUCAAGCUGCCAGAUCCGCCUUCGUUGCAGCCCAGCAGCGAGCUCAAGGAAAAGGAGGGCUGGAACUGGCCGUUUGGGCGCAAGGGAAAGGCGACUUGAAGCAACAUCCACUGGCGUGAGUAUCGGCAUCCCCAAGCAUGGCGCAUCCAUAUCUCUGUCCCACCCCAUCCUGCCCAUGCACAUUUGAGGCAAUACACAUCGAUAGACUGCAG